UGUCCAAUAAGAAGACACUACAAAUCUAAUUUCUUUCAAUAUAAUUAAUUUAAUUGGCCUUAAAAUGUAUUUUUUUCACAGUCAUGCCAUUGUUAAUAUCUGUUAAGCAUCUGUCACAAGCCAACGAUGCUAUCUAUAGGCAAUGCUAUAUUAGUUACAAAACUGGACUUGAGAACACCACGUGCCAGCUGGAGGGACGACAGUUUUGUUAACUGACACAGAAGAGAAAUGUCUGUGUAAAUGCUUAACCCAGUAAGUUUAAAAGCUUUUUAUACUUUUUUUGGUCUAGGUAAUCGCUCACCAUAUAAUGCUGGCAGAUUAAAAUGGAUUUUAAACAGUCAUGAGUAUUUAUAGCCAGAGGACGAGUUCAAAUUGACCUCAGCUACUAAACAUGGAUAUUGUCAAGGUACGAGUUGGAGACAGCGUCUUUACAGCGAACAAAUCUCUACUGCUAAGAGAUUGCGAGUAUUUCAGGGCACUUUACAGAUCAGGGAUGGUAGAGUGCCAUCAAGAAGAAAUUCACGUGAAGAACCUUCACGCUCGAGGGUUUUUAAUCAUGUUGGCGGUGGCCGGCGGCGAGAGACCUGCGCUGAGCGAUGAUGAGAUAUUGGAGGCCAUUGAAUGUGCUGCAUUCUUCCAGUCAGAACCUCUUGCCAAGCAUCUUCAGGAUCUUCUCAGCUCUGACAAUUGCUUACUAAUGUACCAAGCUUCAGCCACCUACGGCUUAUGGAGACUCCACGAGAUGUCAGCGCAGUUCAUUCGCAAUAUAUACAGUGACCUACAGGAGGAGUUGAGCGGCCUUCCUCAGGAACUGAUUGAAUAUGUGGACUCUCAGGUUCCUAGUGUUUUUGUGGCCGUGGGUUCACACUCUUCUUGUAGUGCCGAAGAGGUUCCUAUGGCUGCCACGAGGACAGUAUGUUACCUCGACGAAGAUGAUAAAGAUUGGAAGGUCCUCACGGCCUUGCCCAUGGAGGCCAGUACUUCUUUGGCUGGUGUGACUGUUUUGGACAACAAACUUUACAUUGUUGGAGGUGUGCACGGCUUUGACAAGAGGGCCGUCGAUGCUAGCUUUUGCUACGAUGUUGUUACUGACACCUGGGGAUUACUGCCAGGUCCCAGACAGCCACGAUACAACUUAACCCUAAUCGGGUUAGAAGAUUGCCUUUAUGCCAUUGGAGGAGAAUCAGAAAGAAGAACAAUUUCCUCAGUCGAAAAAUACGACGUCGUCACAAAGGAAUGGUCCUUCGUUUCACAUUUACCAAGGCCGGUGGCUGGGGUAGCAUGCGCUAAGUCUAUGAGCCGGAUUUUUGUUUGUCUGUGGAAGCCAAUGGAGACGAAUGAAAUCUACGAAUACAUCCCAAAGAAGGACACGUGGGUUCUGGUCACUAAAUUGCUAAAGCACCAGAGCUAUGUACACUAUAUGGUGGCACACAGGGACAACCUCUACGUGAUACGCAACACUCCAAAGGAUGACUUUCUACGAUGUUUGAUGGACUGCUACAACAUCACCACAGGUCAAUGGACGUCUAUGCCUGGUCACUAUGGCAACAGCAAAGGGGCACUGUUUACUUCAGUAGUCAGAGGAGACUCUGUGUUCACACUAAACCGUACCAUGACACUGGAGUACGCCAUUGACGGGAACACGUGGAAACCACGUAACCAGAUGAAGGGUUUUCCCAGGAAUGGAUCCGUGUGGACGUUUCUACUGAGGAUCCCAAAUGAAAUAAAAAAUGUGGAAUUAUGUCUUAAAUGACCAUAGCCACAGUAGCAAUGGAUUGUAUAUCAUAAUUUUAAUUCUUGAAAUAUUUAAUAUUAAAAAUAUUUAAUCGUGAAAUUUUACUAUGACUUUAUGUCACAAGUUAUCGAAAUAUCAAAUAAAAUGUAUAAAUUAGCUGUAAUUCAGAACGUUAUUUUUAAAGUGCUGUUAAAGGAAAACACCACUGUUUUUCAAUAUUUUAGUAUGUUUUUACUUCAACUUAGACAAAUUAAUACAUACCUAUCAUUUUUCAAUGCGUACACUUAAUCUUUGUACAGCACGUCGUGAAUGUGUUAGCAUUUAGCCUAGCCCCAUUCAUUCCUUGAGAUCCAAACAGGGAUGAAUUUAGAAGCCACCAAACACUUCCAUGUUUUCACUAUGUAAAGACUGUUACAUGAGUAGUUACACGAGUAAGUAUGGUGGCACAAAAUAAAACGUGGUGAUUUUUUAAGCUGAUAAAAAUGUGUACUAUAUUGUGUGGUUGAAGAGCACCUAGUUUUGAGGAAACUUCAACCUCGGGCGCAGUAAUAUUGAUGGAAGUUUGAGCGAGAGGGGGAAGUAUAUAUCAUUUCCAAAUCAAUGCAAAUACAGUACUCUAAACAAUUAUGAUUUUUGUUAUAAUCGUGCAGCCUAACAUAAGGUAUUUUAAUAUUAUUCAAUUAAAUGUUUUUAAAAACUACUAAAAGGGAACAAAUGUGUUUGUGUUUUCCCCUAUAUUUCUUUUUUUUAAUAGUGGGUCUUGAGAUUACCUGUUGGGUUGAAAAAGUUUAGAAACUCCUAAUAUACAAUACACAAGCAAUAUUUAUCAAGUAUGCAGAGGAAACAGAUGGAAAAAUAAAUAUCCUUCUUAAUUUUUAGUACUUAGAUCAUGCCAAAUUUUGCCAAAUAACAUAAGGUAAGCCUACCUUGAGUCAUAAAAGAACAAAUAUUUAAUGGACUUUCAUAUUUUUGUUUUACUUGUUUUGCAUCAAAUAGAUUUUUAUUCAUAGACCAUUCAUUAAUGCAUCUAUGAAAAAAUUACGAUUUGUAUCCUUUUUCUUUUAGUGGCCGUUCGUAUCAGGUCGCGCAUCUAGACGCGCGGCAAGCGCACUCAAAUAUAGACGCAUCUGAAACUAAACUCGUGUUCACAGGCGAACGCUUUGAAAAGCAGAAGAAAAUCACGCGUCUUGCGUUAACAUUUUUAAAGCCGGCAAAUUAUGCGAGUGCGGCUGGAUAAGUGCUGGCAGCCUAGGGACAGCAACCUUCAACCCAUACAACAACACCGGCCCUUGUGGCCAAAAAACAGACCGGCCCACCGGGAAAAUCUCCCGGUCCUCCCUAUGGCCAAUCCGGGCCUGGAUGAUGUUACUGUGUGCAGAGGUCGAAGUGCUGCAAACUAAGUGCUCUUCCAACAUACAAUAUAGUUUAUAUAUUUUUUCUCACGUUUUAUUUUGUGCCACCAUAAGGAAUGAAUGGGGCUAGGCUAAAUGCUAACACAUUCAUGAAGUGCUGUGGAAAGUGCACGCAUUGAAAAAAGAUAGGUAUAUUAAAUGGUCUAAGUUGAGGUAAGAACAUAAUAAAAUAUUGAAAAACGGUGGUGUUUUCCUUUAAACAAAUAUGCGUAUACAAUUUUAUAAGGUUUAAAUUUGCGAUAAAUUUCUGUAGCGCAUUUCAAAAUUUUGUAGCAUCAUAGCAAAGCAGUAUAUAGUAUUUGUGCAUAUAAUUUUGACAUUUUUAUAUUGAUUUCAUGGUAUAAUCUUUUAAAUACCAAAUACAUGGCAUAAAAUAUAUUUAGGGGUGGAGUGAGAAGAGUAUGAUUAUGUCAUAGCCAUGUCUAAAAGGGCAAAAUGGAAAUGUUUAUCACAUCUAUGUGACAGUUGAUCCCUGUGCCAUGUUUUCCGGCCUACAGAAGGUGAUAUUCUCAUCCAGUAAUCAUGUGAAGCUUUGUCAUACACAGGUCCAUAUAUUUUCAAACGAUUGAUGACAUUGACAAAACAUGUUGGUAAUGAAAGCUUCAAGACGCCUCCUGUAUGAAGAAGCUAACUGCAUGCAUUGCUCACGUUAAAUAGUCUUUAAAUGCUUUUUAUUACUGACUGUCUUGGCUUUCCAUGCCUUUAUUACACAUAACUUAAUGUAUGGAAAUCUAUGGUGUGAUUCAUUUGCAUAUGUGGAUUGCACCAACAUCUGGUGAACAUUUCAUGUCAAUAGCACCUUUAAAAAUAUAUUUACCAAAAAAAAGGUGACAUGUUCCAUACUUAUCUUACCCGCUAUAAAUUAUAACAGUUUUGUCAUGCUCAGAUAUUAUACGAAAAGCUGAAUAUUUUUGUAAAAUUGAACAGAAUAUCACCAUAAACAUUGUGGUUUAUCUGGCAAAAGCGUUCAGAUUCAACUUUGACUGCUUAAUAAU